AUGAGACGUGCUGCCGGCUCUCAUAUUCGUACAAAUCGUCAGAAACUUGCUCUUUUGCAAAGAACAACUCUUGAAGCUCGGAAUAUUGCACCAUCAUUAAGAUCGAACCAUGUCAGAAAAAUUCUGAAGCGUGAGCAAGCCCAGAAGCCGGCUGAGCAGACCCACGUUCCUCCUCAUUUCAGUUUAGUCGUUGAUCGUCCUCCGACAACUCGUCAUACUCCUCGCCGCCGUUCUUUACCGAAAGAAGAGAGCCCCCGGAGUGGACUAAAACCUCACGACACUCUUGGAGUAGAUGAUCGACGCCAAUCUGCUUGCAGUAUUGCUGAACGCCGAAUUGAGGAGCACAGAAAAUACAGCUCUUACGGUGUUGAGUCUCCUAUCCCUAUUGGAAUUUCUGGCGGAGAAGAAGUUCCAGAAAGAUCGCCUUCUAUUUCUUAUACCCGCCAACCUGUAAGAAGUCUGUCAGCUGGUUGGAAAGAGUCAUUUCGGAGAAAACUAAACAUAUUCCGAAGACCCAGUCCAUCUUCACUAAGUUCUCGCUCUACUCAACAGUUCCUAUCGCCAAGCCCAGAAAUGUCGUGUAAAUCGAAUCCAGAAGCAGUGAAAAUGAAAAAGUCAAUCUCGUUCAGUGAAACAACUCGCAAUGCGCUCCGCCGAUCGUUCCGUCAGAAAGUUUGUUAUUUAUUUGCUUUCAAGGUUAUCUCGUUAUCAGUACUAUAG